AUGGCAUCGGAUCAGCCUGGUCCUUCCCUCCUAGAGAUGCUUGUCCAUCUCUCGACCCUCCUGCAGCAGGACGCCUCCUCGGAUAUCUUCUGGCCCACCUUCUCAGAGGCGCUCGACUACGCCUUCCCGCACAUUUCCUGCACUAUCCUCUCCUACGACGCAAAAAGCGGAAGUUUGCGCCGCCUGUACAGCUCGCGCCCGGAGGUUCACCCCGCUGGUGGCCGCAAGCGCGUGACGGACAGCUUCUGGAAACAGACCGUCCUCGAUCGGGGCGAGAUCCUCAUCGGGUCGACCCGCGAGGACAUUAAGUCCUUGUUCUCCGAGUAUCAGACCCUGUGGCGCCAUGGACUUGAAAGCAUUUUCAACAUUCCCGUCAGACGCGGGGGCAUCACGAUCGGAUCAAUCAAUAUCAUGAAUGGGGAGAGGGCGUACGACAGAGCUGAUAAGGGUGUUGCGCUGCUGUUCGCGCAGUUGGCGGUUACAUAUUUGGAGAGGGCUGCCGCUGAGCUCCAGGGGCAAGGAAAUAGUCAUGAUGAAGACGUGCCUUAUGUUUAG